AUGGAAGAAAUUAAAGUAGAUAGACCAUUAAAUCCCAUUAAAGACAUUCUUAUAUUUGAAAAACAGUUAAAUAACAAAUAUAUACAUGAAACAAAAAGAAGGUUUAUAUACUUUGUUGUAUUAAUGAUUAUGGUGUGUUCAUAUGUUUUAUAUAUUAAUAGGAAGAUGUACAAUAUCUUAUGGGAUGUAUAUAGCAGGGACUCAAUCUAUUUGACAGGACUUGUAUUUAAAAUAUACUUGAAAACAAUUGGGGUAAUUAUGCUACAAGGAUAUGUAUUUAUACGAUUGCUUAGAAGAUCAUCAACGGUGACAAAUUCACUGACUGAGCAGUUAAAACUGCUAAACAUAUUUUUUAACAACCAAAAACUGAGUUUAUGCGAGAUAAAGACGCCAAGAAACAUAAAAAUAGCAAUUAACACGUUUAGAGAUGAAGAGCAGAAGAAAAAGGCACAGUGGAUGAAGAAGGAGUGAACUUUUUUUUACUGGAGUAUUUUCUGCAUUGGGCAAGUA